CUCUUCCUCCAUUUUGUUUCUUUUCGAACACUAGUUCUAUCUUCUCCGAUUUGAGAGUAUUAUUUGCGUUCUUCAAGCGUCGUAUCACAUCUGACUCACCAUAAACUACAGAAAAUGGCCGAGCGAAAGAAUCACCUUCAUACCAAAGACAAGAUCACCCAUCAUCUAGCUGUGAAUAAGACCAGCAACACAAGCAAAACAAGCAACAGUAAAAGUGGGGACCAGCCAUUAAGCCAGGGCCAGAAUGUGGCCAAACACGCCAGUGGUAAACUCUACACGUGUGACGAGUGUGGUUACAGGUCUGCAAACAAGUCCCACUUCCUGGUUCAUAUGAGGAAACACACCGGCGAGAAAAAGGCCAGUGGCAAACUGUACUUGUGUGAGGAGUGCGGGUACAGGAGUGCAAAAAAGUCCCACUUAUUGGUACAUAUAAGAAAACAUCAUCCAGCUGGAAACAAGACAAGCAACAACGAGGAUCGACAAUCUAACCAGGGCCAGCAGGAGGGAAAGCAAGCCAGUGGUAAACUCUACAGAUGUAAAGAGUGCGGGUACAAGUCUGGAAAAAAGUCUCACUUCCUUGUACAUAUGAGAAAACAUACAGCUGGAAACAAGACAGUCAACAACGGGAAACAACAAUCUAACCAGAACAAGCCAGUGGCAAAACACGCCAGUGUUUACAGAUGUGAGGAGUGCGGAUACAGGUCUGCAAAAAAGCCCCAGUUCCUGGCACAUAUAAGAAAGCAUACAGCUGGAAACAAGACAAGCAACAACGGGAAGCAACAGUCUAACCAGGGCGAGCAUGUGGCAAAACACGCCAGUAAUAAAAUCUACAUAUGUGAGGAAUGUGGGUACUGGACGGCAAAAAGGUCCCACUUUCUGACACAUAUGAGAUUAAAACAUUCACCCGGGAACAAGACAAGCAACAACGGGAAGCAACAGUCAAACCAGAAUGUGGCUAAGCGCACCAGAGGUACACUCUACACAUGUGAGGAAUGCGGAUACUGGACUACAAAAAAGUCCCACUUCUCGGUUCAUGUGAGAAAACAUUCUGAUCAGAACAAGACAAGCAACAACGGGGAACAACAGUCUAACCAGGGCCAGCUCGUGGCAAAAUACGCCAGUAAUAAAAUCUACACCUGUGACGUGUGCGGAUACUGGUCUGCAAAAAAUUGCCACUUUCUGGUUCAUAUGAGAAAACACACCGGCGAGAGACCUUUCUUGUGUGAGCUGUGCGGCUAUCCUGCCAGACAGAGAAGUGAGUUAGAAACGCACGUCAUGGCAAAACACACCGAUGUUAAACCCUUCAUUUGCGGGGAGUGCGGAUACAGGACGGCUAUAAGGUGCAACCUGUAUCGACACCUGAAAACCCACACAGGCGAGAAACCUUACAAAUGCGACCAGUGUGAUUAUUGUUCCGCAGAUAAAAGCAAACUAGACCAACACAAAAUGUUUAAACACAGCGGCGAUUACAAGAAGCCCUUCGUAUGCGGAGAGUGCGGCUACAGAGCUGCUCUUAAGCACCAGUUAACUAAUCAUAUGGUCACCCACACUAACGAAAAACCGUACAAGUGUGACCAGUGCGAUUAUGCCGCAGCACGGAAAGACAAUCUAGACAGACACGUGCAAAUAAAACACAGUGGCGAGAAACCCUACAAGUGCGGGGAGUGCGGGUACGAAACGGCUGUCAAGGGUAGCCUAACUGUACACAUGAGAAUUCAUACCGGCGACAAACCCUUCAAAUGUGCCCAGUGUAAUUAUUCUGCAUCACGGCAAAGGGAUUUGAUCCAACACGUUAGGAUAAAACACGAGGGUGUAAAACCCUUCAUGUGUGACGAGUGUGGACACAGGACUGCUUACAGGGGUCAGCUAACCAAACAUAUCAAGAAAGCACACGGGAGAGAAACCUUAGAAACAUGAACAGAGUGACAUAUUCUGCUUCACAGAAAGUUCAACUUGGCAGACGUAUACUAAAACAUAUAGUAAGGU